AAAUAAAAAUAAAAAUCCAGCAAUAAUAACCGUAUAAAACAGAAUAGAAGCGUAUAUACACUAAUCCAUUGAUUGAUCUGUAUUAUAUGUAUGCGUGUAUUAUGCUUCGGAAUUAAACUCAUUGAUUUGUGCACUUCUAGCGGUGCCUGUAAUAUGGUUUCCUACGAUACCAUUUAAAAAAGGGUUCGGCCUUCAUAAAAUUUUUACUACAACAACGUCAGUGUCAGUGAGACGCUCUAUCGGGGUCAUUCACCUCAAUAAUUCAAGUUGAUUGGGUACGAUUUAGCGCUGCAGCUGUCAUCAUGCCGACAGUUCAGAGCGAAACAAAAUUCAUCAAAUCAGAGGACGAUAAGAAAAUAUUUUGCAAGCAUUGGUUUUCAGAGGAAAAGCCUAGGGCUCUGAUUUUCCUUUGCCAUGGCUUGGGUGAACAUUGUCUGUGGUAUGAUGAUUUAGCAGAGGCUCUCGUCCAUAUUGGAUUCUACGUGUUUUCUCAUGAUCACGUUGGCCACGGACAGAGUGAUGGGAUUCACAAUCACGUGGACGAUUUCGAUGAAUACACAUCUGUCAUAUUCCAACACUGUAACGAGGUCAAAAACAAAUAUCCAGAUCUAAGGCUCUUCAUAUUCGGACAUUCUAUGGGAGGAGCCAUCACACUUCUGGCAGCCACCAGCCAACCCGACUUCUUCAAGGGAGUGAUCACAUCGGGGCCCGCCAUUGUAGCUAUUUCUAGCAUGCUUCCCAUCAAAGUGUUUGUGGGAAAAAUACUUGCUAGAAUAAUGCCAUUGUACAAAAUUGAAAACAUACAAUCAUGUCAGAUUUCACAUGACCAAGAGCAGGUGAAGCGGUAUGAGGAGGACCCCAUGGUGCACCCAUUCAUCAGAGUAAAGUGGGGUGCUGCCUGGUUGGAAUGCGUCAAGAAGCUGGAGGAGAGAAUGGACUCUAUUGAAUUUCCACUUUUAGCACUCCAUGGUGAUGCUGACACAUUGUGUGAUGUUAAGGGGUCACAGAUAUUGUAUGACAAGGCCAAGAGCGAAGACAAGGAGAUCAAGGUUAGUGUUAAGGGGUCACAGAUAUUGUAUGACAAGGCCAAGAGCGAAGACAAGGAGAUCAAGAUUUAUAAAGGACUUUACCAUUCGCUGCUUUUGGAGUUAGAGGAGGAUAGGAAAAAAGUUCUGAAUGAUAUUCUAGAAUGGCUGAAAAAGAGGAUGUAGUGGAACCUUGUAGAGAAGACUGUAGAGAGGGUAUAACUAAAUGCAAACUUAAUUCAAUUGAAGGAGAGAGAAAUUAUGAAUGAGAAAAAUUAUUUUGAAAAUAUAUUUUUAACUUUUGAAGUAUAAUAAUUGUACUGUAUUGAAUAUUGCAACACCGGUAUUUGUAUUGUAUCUUAUCUUGAUGAUAGAAAGUAGUGAAGUUUACAAAUGAUCUGAAAAAAGAUUUUUGACUCAAUUGUCACUUUUAUUUAGACUUGAUAUUGUGAAUAUUGUACAAACACUGAAGAACUUCAUGUUUAUAUGACAUGGGCUGCUUUCUCAAAAUUACAUAUACGUGGCGAGUUUAUUUCAAAUCAAUUAGAUUUGAAAUAAUAAUGGUUUUGGUUUUUUUUAUUUAACUUGAAGUUCAUUCUUUGUUGAACAAAACUAUGAUCAUACUAUUUCUGACACCUAGAUGACAGAUAUGAAACAUUUCAUCAUUAUCUGUUGUACAUGGAUUAAAGAUAUCAUACUUGAUGCCUGAAAAAACAUGAAACACAUUGAAUAUAUUUUUAACAAGUGAUUCAGAAUCGUACUAGAAUGGACACUUAUUUAUCAUGGGAAAAGUGUACUCCUAUGACCUCUCUUACCGGUAGACUCACGUGUGUGUUUUUCUACCAAUUUUAUAUUACAAAGUUGCUCUUAUACUCAAAUUUAAUUUUACUUCAAAAAACUGUUUUUGAGGGCAAAAAAAAAAGAAAAAGAGCUAGCUAGAAGAAAACAUUGACCACACACACACACAGACACACACACACACACACAGACACACACACACACACACACACACACACACACAGACACACACACACACACACACACACACACACACACACACACACAGACACACACACACACACACAGACACACACACACACACACACACACACACACACACACACACACACACACACACACACACACACACACACACACACACAGACAGACACACACACACACACACACACACACACACACACACACAGACAGACACAUACACACACACACACACACACACACACACACACACACACACACACACACACACACACACACACACAGACAGACACACACAUAUAUAUAUAUUACUUUGAUUGCUUGAUAUUAUUAUUGCUGUUGUCAUAGAUAGAAGUAGAUUCUAUGAAUUUGGAAGCUGUCAAAUGUUGUAUGUUUUUGAAAUUUUAUUUUUAUGUGUUCAAAUCCUAUAUCUUCAAAUAUUGAUAUGAGAUAUGUUUCUAAUUAUAUGCAUAGUUUUAUUUUUAUUUUAGAGAUCAUUUAAAUUUUCUUAUUUCUGAAAACCAUUGUUUUACUUAUUUUAUUGUGUUUUAUAUAAACAGUGUAUUUAUAUAUCAUCAAAGCAUACAAUGUACUUAGAAAUUGUUACCUAUUUACAUUAGAUAUUGUUUCACAAAUGGAUCAUGUGUUUUUACAAAGCUGUGUUAAGGGUUCUGGCAAGUUUUCCAGAAAGUUUUUUGCAGUCAGUUUGUUGCAUUUAACUUUUUGACUCUAUUUAACACGGAAAAGCAGCUGUAACAUUAUUCUAGUGAUUUAUUAACGUAGUUAAGAAAAUACUCAAAAUGAUAAAUCCAGCAUGUCCUGGGCAGGACACCACAAAACAAGUCAAGCCUAACACACGAGAAUGUUCCCAGUGAGAGUGAUAUACCAAUAAACUCAGGAUUGAUUGAUUGUAUAGUGCUUAAUGUCCCUCUCUCUCAAGAAUAUUUCACUCAUAUGGAAAGAUCACAUUGCUGGUGAAGGGCUGCAAAAUUUAGGCCUAUGCUCGGCACUUAUGGACAUCCAGCAGAGAGGGAUCUUUAUUGUGCUGCACCUGCUGUGAUACAGGGCCUCGUUUUUUUUUUGGGGGGGGGGGGGGAGGGUCUCAUCUGAAGGACCGCCCCAUUUAGUCUCUUCUUACAACAAACAAGGGGUACUGAGGACCUACUCUAACCCGGAUCGGGAAUCUAUAUUGCCAAUGUUUUCAUUAAAUGCUCAUAAGAUACAUAUGUUGCAACUCCUACAGAUGCAACUUUAGAUACCGGUAUGUACACACAUGUAUAUUUUGAAGGUCAAGUGGUAUAAUUAAUGUCUGAUGAUCUAGCCGCUGUUUGUUCGAAUCUCGUUGGGAACUGACCAUUUUUAAGAUUUAUUAGCAUGAGGAAGUAUUCUUAUUCCUUUACAACAAGAUCCUAUGCCUAACUUUUAUUUUGCUUAACUCUUUUCCACAUUGAUAUGAAGGACCAGUCAGACAUAAGAUUUAUUGCCCCAAAAUAGAUUUGGUUUGUAUGUCGCCCCUUGUUUAGUCAAAACAUUGCUAUGUAGUAUAUUUUCAAUUUUUUAAAAGUGACUCAAAUACCAAAUUUAUUUUUAAACUAAGGCAAACUUAAAAUAACAAAGCACCUGAACAUUACCUGUAGAAAUAAUAAAAGGAUCAGAAUUAUAUGAAUUCGAAAUGUUUUUAACAGUGCUUGUAAUUCCCAGCAUCUUGUCAAAUACCGGAUGAAAAACAAUAUAAUUUAGAGGUACUGUCGAUCUGUGACGUCAUCUUUACAAACACUCUCAAGUGUUGUUUAGAACUCAGAAGCCUUUCAUUCUCUUGCAGAAUUUUAGUUCUUGGUUUGUUUAGUUUUAUUGGAUAUACAUUUUUAUUAUUUCAAUGAAUUAUUAUUUUCAAACACUGAGUGUACAUAAGACAGUUGGAAAGAUGGUUAUUUUUUAUUGUGUUUUUGAAAAAAACUCAAUUUUUUAAACCCCUUUUUUUAGAGUCUUUUUGUGACUAAGUUGCCGUAAUAUUUAGUUAAUAUGGUGAUACUUAAGCUGUGUUUAUCACUUUCAAAUUAUGAUAUCUACAAUGCACAUGUAAAUCUUCAAUUGUAUACAUCCUUUGACUGCUGUGGAUAUACAUGUAUCUAGCCGAAUUUCACCUACUCAUCGAUAAUUAGACUUUUUUUUGAGUGUAUGUUGAAUUUCAUGUGAUACAGUAUACUAGAUGUUACUUAGUCUGUGAUGUGCAUGCACACAAUUGGACGGAAAUGUGCUUGCGUACCGUUAUAUGCAUCAAUUAAAAAAUAAAUUUCAUUUUUGGAAAUACAUGACGGUAUGAACUGCGACAAUUCACACAGGCAACGCGCUUCAUGAAAAGUAUUCCGCCGUGAAGCGUCACGACAAUUCACACAGGCAACGCGCUUCAUGAAAAGUAUUCCGCCGUGAAGCGUCACGACAAUUCACACAGGCAACGUGCUUCAUGAAAAGUAUUCCGCCGUGAAGCGUCACAGUUAGUAUUUGGGCGUUGUGAAUCUGUUUUGGGGCGACCAUAAAAUACUGUGGGGCGUUAGUGCAUGAGGCGAAAUGCCGAUGGGGCGACAUGACUGCAACCCCGGUCGCCGUGAAGCGUCAUAGUUAGUAAAAGUACCCCGGCGUGAAGCGUAGCAAUUCCCAUCAUGUAUUUUCAAAAAAUAAAUAUUUAUGUCUUAUACAUGUAUUUACAUAGUUUUAUUUCUGUCGGAAUUCCCAGUCGUUAAGAUAGAGGAGCUAUAUUUAUAAAGAUUCAUACGCGCUUUGUUAACAACUGCAGUGCAUUCAUGAGGAAAUGACGAACACCAAAUUUGUAAAGAUAUCGAAGGCAAUAACAUUACAAAUGUAAAUAUGUACUACUGUCCUAACCAUUGGCGUUAAUCACAACUGUGCUUUGAAAGCCAGACACCAAACAUUGCACAUGUACAAUCUUCAUGGUGGAAAUAAAUGUUAUUAUUC